AUGUAGAAAUAAAUAUCAAAAUAAUAAGUUGAUUAUUUAGUCUUGGAUGACAUGAUUCAUAUAAAAAAGUUAGGACAGGAUAAUUUGGCUCAGUAUACCUGUGAUGGAAAAUUAUAUGCUCUAAAAUGCAUCAUUAAAAACUAAAUAGAAGAAUAACAUUUAGAAAGUCAUUUAACAUAAGGAAAACCUAUUCUUGAACAAAUUUAAAUUCCUUUGAUGACAGACUUUAUUUUUGAAUACAUAAAAGGUUUGGAAUUUUUUGAUGUGAUAAGAGAUAUAGAACCACUUAAUACCUACGAUUCCUAAUUAUAUGUUUCUUUUUUACUCCACUUGGAGUAUCUACAUACUCACCACAUUGUUUACAGAGAUAUUAAACCACAAAAUAUAUUGGUAGAUCAUCAUGGAUAUAUUCGAUUGAUUGAAAUGGGGACUGCAAAAAUUUUAAAAGGGAAAGCUCGAACAUUUACUAUAAUAGGAACUCCUCAUAAUAUGGCUUCUGAAAUUUUAAUUGGAAAAGGUUAUUCCUAUUCGGUAGAUUUAUGGAGCAUAAGAAUAUGUCUAUAUGAAUUUAUGUGUGGAGUUCCUUUUUCGGAGGAUGCAGAAGUUCCAUAUGAAAUAUAUGAAGAAAUUACAAAAAAACAAAUUUCUUACCUUAUCAUCUAAAAGAUCAAUAGCUAAAAAAUUUAUUGA